GCAGGCGAAGUGAUGACCAAAUUAAUUGAAAGAAACACUCGCAUCCCUACCAAGACUUCCAAGACCUUCACAACCUACUCUGACAACCAGCCAGGUGUCAGCAUUCAAGUGUUUGAAGGAGAAAGAGCCAUGACAAAGGAUAACAAUCUCCUUGGAAGAUUCGAGUUGGAUGGAAUCCCACCAGCUCCACGUGGUGUGCCGCAGAUCGAAGUCACUUUUGAUAUUGAUGCCAACGGCAUUUUGAACGUUUCUGCACAAGAUAAGAGUACCGGUAAAAAGAACUCCAUCACCAUCAAGAACGACAAGGGACGAUUAUCCAAGGAAGACAUUGAAAGAAUGGUCAAAGAUGCUGAGAAAUAUAAAAGUCAAGACGACGCACAAAGGGAGAGAAUCGCAGCACGAAAUAGUUUGGAGAACUACGCGUUCAGCGUGAAGCAGGCAGUCGAAGACGCCACAGUUUCAAGCAAAUUAUCUGAGGAGGACAAAGAAARCGUGAAACAAAAGGUUACAGACGUCAUUAACUGGCUAGAYAGCAACUCCUUGGYAGAGAAGGAAGARUUUCAAGACAAAGAGAAAGAAYUGCAGAGAGUUUGUUCACCAAUCAUGGCCAAACUUCAUGGAAAAGGUCAACAAAGCGCAAACACAAAUGGACCUACAGUUGAAGAAGUUGAUUAAUAAUAGAACACUAUUAUAAUGUUAAAUGUCAUAUUACUACUAUUAAAGUACUACGUUACUUUAUAUACAUCUUUACACUCAUGUAAUAAUGAAUAAUUGUCAAUUAAAAAGUUCAAAUGAAWUUUUA